AUGUCUGAGGCAUUCUAUGGUCUGACCACGUUUAGCCCUUCGGGAAAGCUGAUUCAGAUUGAGUAUGCGACGACAGCAGCUGGAAAAGGGUCGACUGCAUUGGGGGUGAAGGCGACGGAUGGUGCCGUCAUUGCUGCGAAGAAGAAGGCCUCCUCUACCCUAGUGGAUGCCUCAUCAAUCCAGAAAGUUUUCGUUUUGGAUGAGCACGCUGGCUGCACAUACAGCGGCAUGGGCCCUGACUGCCGUGUCCUUAUCGACUCUGCUCGGCAGAACUGCCAACAGUACAGGCUAAUGUACAAGGAACCCAUUCCGAUCAGCCAGCUGGUGCGGAAGAUAAGUGCUCUCUAUCAGGAAUUCACGCAGUCCGGUGGUGUCCGUCCCUUCGGAUGCUCUCUCCUGGUCGCUGGGGUGGAUGCUAACGGCUAUCAUUUGUAUCAAGUGGACCCUAGCGGCACGUUCUGGACGUGGAAGGCGACGGCGAUCGGCACCGGAAGUUCGGACGCAAAGGCAUUCCUAGAAAAGCGUUAUACUGUGGACAUGGAGCUGGAGGAUGCUGUGCACACCGCAUUGUUGACGUUGAAGGAAGGCUUUGAUGGCCAGAUGACGCCAGAAAACACUCAGGUGGGUCGUGUCACAGAAAACCGCUUUGAAAUCCUGAGUGUCGAUCAGCUGCGAGAUUACCUUGACCAGAUUUAG